AUGAUCACCCGCUGGCUGUGGGUGGUGGCCUUGUUCCCUGCUGCACUGGCGCAGGUCGUCGGAUCCACGGUGCACCUGGAUGCCGACAGGAUCGCCGGUAACAAGUUCUUGCAGCGUAGCGCCACCAAGGACUCUGUCGUGCACUCUCAACAGGACGAAGUGCCCUACUCCACCUGCAGCCACGACCUGGCCAUCAAGUGGCAUGCGAGGGCAGGGUCGGCGGUGUACGCUACCCCCCUCAUCACUGACCUGCAUAGCGAUGGGCGGCGGGACAUCAUUGUCCCCGCCUUUGUGAACAGCCUGGAGUCCACCCUGCACACCUCCCCCCUGCUCUUCGACGCCGACUUUGAUGGCGUCCAGGACAUAGUGGUGGCGACCUACGGCGGGGAGAUUCUCUUCUUCAAAGACAAUGGCGAGGAAGCCAGCAGGCGCCUGGUCAUCCCGCCCCUGGAGGUCCGGCGGGGUUGGUACGAGGGCCUGGCGCUGGACCACGUGGAUCACACCCGGCCCGACGUAACGGGCGCGGAGCAGCAGACCGGCGGGCAGGGCGCUGGACGCCGGCUCCUGUCCCAGAGCGAGGGCGGCGAGGCGGUGCCUGUGCUGGAAAGCACGGCAGGACAGCAGACGGUGCAGGAGCGGGUGCCGGGUGAUGCGGCGCCGCGCCCGGAACCCGACCAGGUUGCGCCUAGGGGGAGAGCCACGAGGUUGCUGGCAGAGGAGGCAGGCGGCGCGGGGGCGGUGGGCGGCCAAGGCCUCGCAGUUGGUGCCGCAACCCCGCCUGGUGGCCAGAAUGCCACAGGCAGCUUUGGCACAGUGGCUGGGGCCAUGGGCACGCCCGGCGGCCAGGGGAACGAACCCGGGGGCAAUGCCGUCGGCGUGGAGCCAGGGGCGCACGUGAUCAGCGACGAGGCGGCUGACUCCUACGCAGAGCUCUUUGGUGAUGUGGUGGAGAAGGACACCGUGGUGGAGGACUUUGGGAGUGGGGUGAAGAUGCGGAUCCCCAGCCUGAGGAGCCUGGAGGAGGGCAACAUAGGGAAGCAGGAGCGACCCUAUGGCCUCGCCGAGGGCUUUAAUCUGAGGGUGGACGCCCAUGUUCUGGCCACCCCCGCCAUCGCCGACAUCGACGGCGACGGCCAUGACGAGCUGGUGGCGGUGGUUUCUUAUUUUUACGAUAGAGACUACUACGAGGACGAGAGGCACCGCCAGGAGCUGGGACUGGAUGUGGACAUCAGCAAGUACCUGGCCGUGGGGGUGAUCGUGUAUGACCUCAACCGGCAAACCGUGAAGUGGAGGCAGCAUCUGGACCUGUCAACAGACCAGACAAAGUUCCGGGCGGUCUCUUACUCACCACCGACACUGGUCGACGUCAACGGAGAUGGCAAGCUGGAGGUCGUGUUUGGCACCUCUGUGGGUUUCCUGUAUGUGCUGAAUGCGGUGACCGGGGGAGCAUUGGAGGGUUGGCCCGUGCAGAUGGGUCCCAUCCUUGGAGCAGUCGUGGCGGACGACAUCAACGACGACGGCAAGCUGGAGCUGGUGGCGACAGACACCCUGGGCAACGUCGCCGCCUUUGAUGGGACUGGGAAGGAGGUGUGGGAGCGCCACCUUGAGUCUGCCAUCAGCCAGAGCGUCACGUUGGGGGACGUGAACGGCGACGGCGCAUUGGAGGUGGUGGUGGGCACGGCCUCCGGCCACAUCCACGUCAUGGAGGGCGCCACUGGCCGCGACCUCACGCCCUUCCCCUACAAGGCAGGCUAUUUUUGCCGGGGUGAAAGGGGGGGUGCGGGCGGCCGCAUCAUGGCCCCCAUCCUGCUGGUCCCCCUGGCCGCCUCGCCCUCCCCCACUCACCUCCACCUCGUGGUGCUCGCCCACGACGGCUUCCUGUACGCCCUGCACGGUGCCGACGGCUGCGUGGAGGCUCUGGACCUGGGCGAGGUCGGGUAUGCGCAGGCGCUGGCCGAUGACCUCGACGGCGACGGCCGGCUGGAGCUGCUGGUGGCCUCCAUGGGCGGCGACCUGUAUGCGGCGCCGGUGAUCGGCGCAGCCGACACGGUAGCCGCGGGCGGGCGCUACGCGCUGGAGGUGCCCUGCCCUGUCGCCCGGACCACCGCCACGGUGCGCCUGGAGGCGCGGGACAGAUUUGGCCUGCUCACGUGCGACGAGUUCAGCCUCUCCUUCCACAUGCACUACUACAAGCUGCUCAAGUGGCUGGUCAGUCUGCCCCUGGCCUUCACCCUCGCCGCUGUCGUGCUCAUGGGGCGCCAGCUGGAGCUGCCUAUGUGA